AUGAUGCACUACUCAAAUUGGCUUAUUGACGUCAAAAACAGGGCAAGCCUUCGAAAUGCAUGUAAAACACCACCUAACACCGACUGGAGCAACAGGGGCAAUGUUGCGGACACGCAGAACAACAACCCACAGCCAAACACUGCAAAGACAUGCGAGCACACGGUCACCACCCACCUCUGGAAAUCAGGCUACAAAAUAAUAAAGAAAAUCGGCGAGGGCACAUUUUCUGAGGUGCUUAAAACCCAGAGCCUGAAAGAUGGGAAAUUCUACGCAUGUAAAACCAUGAAGCAGACGAUUAACAGUCUGGAGCAGGCCAACAACCUGCGGGAAGUCCAGGCCAUGAAAAGGCUCAGUCCACAUGCAAAUAUCAUCCAGCUACAUGAACUGAUUUUUGACAAAGAAACUGGAACUGUAUCUCUGAUUUGUGAGCUGAUGGAUAUGAACAUCUAUGAGUUCAUACAAGGAAGAGAAACACCACUGCCUGACCAUACAGUAAAGCACUAUAUGUACCAGCUGUGCAAGUCACUUGCACACAUGCACAGAUGUGGGAUCUUUCACAGAGAUGUGAAGCCAGAAAACAUCCUCAUCAAACAAAAUGUUCUGAAGCUUGGGGACUUUGGCUCAUGUCGCAGUGUGUACUCCAAGCCUCCGCACACAGAGUACAUCUCCACACGUUGGUAUCGAGCCCCAGAGUGCCUCCUCACUGAUGGCUAUUACAGCUUAAAGAUGGACAUCUGGAGCACUGGCUGUGUCUUCUUUGAGAUCAUGAGCUUGAAUCCUCUCUUCCCUGGAACCAAUGAGUUGGACCAGGUUGCCAAGAUCCACGAUGUGCUGGGGACACCAGAACAAAGUCUCCUCCAGAAGUUCAAGCAAUCUAGAGCGAUGCAUUUCAACUUUCAUCCUAAGAAAGGCUCUGGUCUUUCACGGUUAAUCACCAACUGCCCGGCCCCAGCUCUGUCACUGCUCUAUCAAAUGCUCGCCUAUGACCCCAAUGAACGCAUCUCUGCAGAAACAGCCCUGAGGCACACAUACUUCAGGGAAGUCAGGCUAACAGAGAAGAAAGCCGAGAGUCUUCACAGGGUUUCUGGGAUUAUGGAUGGAGUAGGGAGAAGCGGGACACAUAACUCUUUAGACCAGAUCUGGCGACCAGCUAGACUCGGCAAACAACUGAGGGGGAGACAUACACGGCAAACACCUUUAAUGAGUCACAACAUGAAGCAUGUGGCAGAGCCCCUCAUCAAACGGAACAUCCCUCAUUAUCCAACAGAGCUUCCCAAGCUCAACAUGGUUGUCCCAGGACCACAGAUUUCCUUCCCAGUCUCCACUAUGCCUGCUUUUACUGUAACUCACCAAGGCGCACUGCCAGCCAUCAUGACUAAAAAGUGCCAGUCACGGUUGGCCAAGCCCAGAGAUGAGUCACACCGUGCAACUUUCAAGACUUUCCAUAUGCCACCUCUGGAUAGGAAACACGGAGGCUACUGAGAGCCAAAAAACACUUCAAUGUUUGAAUUAAAAAUUGCCUCUGAAUACAGGGUAGACCUGUUCUGAUAAACAGAUACAGUAAUUUAAGAGGACAAUGUUUGGACAGGCCUGAUGUUGAAACCUGUAAAGCAACAAAAUUGCAAUAAAGACUGCAAAGCCUGUCAUUGCACCAGUUAUGAUUGCCACACCCUCACUGUAAUGUGAUGAAGUUUAAUGUAAUCACUACACAAACAAUGCUAAAUUAUGUCAUUAUGUUGA